CUGCAGAAAUUAGAAGGACAAGAUACUCGUGAUCUGGAUAAAAUGCUAGAGGUGGCUUGGAAAGUUUAUAAUAACAGGGAAAAAGAAACGGCCAAGAAACAGCAGGCGAACAUACUAGCUAUAAUGCAGCAAGCCAGUGAAAGGGGGGGAGGCAGAGGUGGUUUUGGGCGCGGUCGUGGUUCUGGACGUGGCAGGGCAGGAUUCCAGAAUGUUAAAUUUGGAGGACGGGGGAUGGCCCCUCCUAGUCCCCAGCAAGGAGAGAUUGCUCCCAAUCAAUGCGCGUUCUGUCGUCAGAUAGGACACUGGAAGAAUGAGUGCCCAGUGAAAGCUGGAUUGGGAGGAAUGCCAGUGAAUGGACCAACAGGUUACCCCGUGAAUCCAGUAGGUGGCGCCCAAGCAUUUGUAUUGGGAAAUUAUCAGAAUCAAAGCUGACUAGAACAGGACUUGAGGGUCAGGAUUGAUAUUGAUGGGAAAGAACAAGAGUUUAUCGUGGAUACGGGGGCAACGCAUUCAGUUUUAAACAAAAGGUUAGGACCUAUCAGCGAUACUACCAUACAGGUAGUGGGGGCAACGGGACAAUUAGAAGAAAGACCCUUUUUACAACCAUUAAAUUUGAGAUUUGGAGGAAAAGAAUUAGAUCAUCAGUUUUUGUACAUGCCUAAUUGCCCCAAGCCAUUGCUUGGCAGAGAUUUGUUGUCAUCAUUAAAUGUCAGAAUCAUAUUCGAGAAUGGGAGGGUGAAAUUAGAGGUUCCGGGAGAAGAAAUUGCUAAAUUGUUUGUAAUAAAAGAAAUUGAUCCCUCUCCUAUUCCUAUUGAAGUAGAUCAAGCUGUAGUACCUUGGGUAUGGGAGACUGGGAAUCCAGGAAAAUCAAAAGCUGCUCAGCCGGUGGUAGUAGAAUUAAAAGAAGGAGCUCAGCCAGUGAGAAUAAAACAAUACCCAAUCAAGUUAGAAGCUAAACAGGGUGUCGCUCCUUUGAUAACUCAGUUUUUAGCACAAGGAAUUUUGCAGGAAUGUGAAUCAGACUUUAACACUCCUAUUUUUCCAGUUAGAAAACCCAAUGGUAAGUAUCGGCUAGUGCAGGAUUUGAGGGCAAUUAAUAACAUUACUAAAGACAUUCACCCAGUGGUUGCCAAUCCGUAUACUUUAUUAACAUCUGUGUCAGAAACAUUUAAAUGGUUCUCUGUUAUUGAUUUGAAAGAUGCUUUCUUCUGCAUCCCUCUGGCAUUGGAAAGCAGGAAAUAUUUUGCCUUUGAAUGGGAGAGUCCUGAUACUGGAAGAAAGAGACAGCUCACCUGGUCUCGACUGCCGCAAGGAUUCAAAAACAGCCCUACAAUAUUUGGAAAUCAACUGGCAAAGGAAUUGGAAGAAUGGAAGACUGCUGAGGUAAGAGAGUUACCUUCCUCUUAUGUCAUUCUCCAGUAUGUGGAUGAUAUCUUUUUAGCGACAGCAGAAAAAGGAAUGUGUCUGAAAUUGACUAUUGCUCUGUUGAAUAUGCUGGGCCAAGCUGGCUACCGAGUGUCAAAAGAAAAAGCACAGCUGAUAAAAGAAAGUGUAAUAUAUUUGGGAUGUGAAAUCACCCAAGGCCAGAGACGGUUGGGAGUCAAUCGAGUGGAAGCUAUUUGUGCUAUUCCCCUUCCCAGGAACCAUCAAGAACUAAGGUCCUUUCUAGGAAUGGUAGGGUGGUGCAGGCUGUGGAUUCUGAAUUUUGGACUUCUAGCUAAACCAUUAUAUGAAGCGUUGAAAGAACCGCAGUUGAGCUGGAAUCGACAGAGGAAAAAGGCCUUUGAAGACUUGAAACAGGCAUUGAAAGAAGCUCCGGCAUUAGGCCUUCCAGAUUUAAACAAGGACUUUCAGUUGUAUGUGAAUGAGAGACAGAAAUUGGCACUGGGAGUGCUAGCUCAGAGACUUGGUUCCUGGAAACGCCCGGUAGGGUAUUUCUCGAAGCAACUAGAUACAGUAAGUGCUGGUUGGCCGUCAUGCUUGCGGGCAGUUACGGCCACAGUGAUCCUCAUCCAGGAAGCCAGGAAAUUGACUUUGGGAAGGAAAAUAGAGGUAUUUGUGCCUCACAUGGUACUGGCAGUCUUGGAACAAAAGGGGGGUCACUGGCUUUCAUCCAGCAGAAUGCUGCAAUACCAAGCAAUUCUGAGAGAACAGGAUGAUGUAGAUCUAAAAAUGACUAAUCAUGUUAACCCAGCAGAAUUUCUCCGCAGUGAGCAGGAAGAAGGAGAAUUAGCACAUGACUGCAUGGAGGUGAUUGAACAAGUGUAUGCCAGCCGAAUGGAUUUGAAAGAUGUUCCAAUGGAAGAUCCGGAUUGGGAACUGUUCACCGACGGGUCCAGCUUUGUAGAAAACGGUACCAGGUAUGCGGGAUAUGCAGUGGUAACAGUUACCACUGUAGUGGAAGCAAAAGCUUUGGCUCCUGGAACAUCAGCUCAGCGAGCUGAGAUCAUUGGACUCACUAGAGCCCUAAUGUUAAGUUCUGGAAAGAAAGUGAAUAUAUGGACUGAUUCUAAAUAUGCUUUUGGGGUUGUGCACAUUCAUGGCGCCUUGUGGAAAGAACGAGGGUUAUUGAACUCCCAAGGAACUACUAUCAAAUAUAGAACUGAAAUUCUAGCCUUGCUAGAUGCAGUACACCAACCUGAAAAGGUUGCAAUAAUGCAUGUGAGAGGUCACCAGAAGGAGGAAGGAAAAAUAUAUCGAGGAAACAAAUUAGCUGAUGUCACAGCACGAGAAGCGGCCAGAGAAGUGUGGACCCAAAUGGCCCUGAUACCCACUAAGGUGAGUCCUGUAACUCCACAUUUAAUUCAGGAACCGAAGUAUUCCCCGGAUGAUGAAAAACUAGCAUCGCUGCUGAAAGCGCAAAAGAAUGCAACUGGAUGGUAUGUAACAAUCAUGGGACAAAUUGUAGUUCCCACCCGAAUUAUGAAAGCCAUCUUAGAGACGGAACAUAAUAAAUGCCAUUGGGGAGCAGAGGCAUUGGUAACAUUUCUAAAAAGAGAAGUAAUUUCUAACCAGAUGUUAACAUUGGCAAAACGGGUGAAUGCCAUGUGUUCAACUUGUUUGAAGAAUAACCCAAUAGUUAAGAAACAGAUUCAGUUAGAGAAAUUACAAGUGGGACCAGAACCAGGAGAUUACUGGCAAGUAGAUUUUUCAGAAUUACCGAAAGCACAGAACUUUAAGUAUCUUUUAGUGUAUGUAUGCACUUUUUCAGGAUGACCUGAGGCCUUUCCUUGUCGCACCAAUCAGGCAAAGGAAGUGGUCAAAACACUGUUGAAGGAAAUUAUUCCAAGAUUUGGGGUACCGUUAGGACUGUCAUCAGAUAGAGGCCCACACUUUACAGCAGGAAUAGUACAAGAGGUGGCCAGGAUGUUAGACAUAUCUUGGGACUUACACACCCCUUGGCGACCUCAAUCGAGUGGUCAAGUGGAGCGGAUGAAUCAAACAAUUAAAGGAUUUAAAGACAUGAAUUUGCAAUUACAAGCCACAUCCCGAAUGACUUUACAGAACAGGAUGGCACUAGAUAUGCUAUUGUUAAAAGAGCGUGGUGUGUGUCAAUAUCUAAAAACGAAAAUUGACCAUUGCUGCAUCCAUAUUCCAAAUGUGACCAUUGAAGUAGAAAAAGAUAUUUCUCAAUUGGAAACGAUUGAAUCCAAAACAAGAGAAAUUGAAAAAGAAGCACAACAUAAUUGGAUCAGAGCUAUAUUUGAGUCCUUAGGACUUCAGGUUUCUGGAUAGGUUUCGUCAAUAGUACAGUACAUUCUGUUAUUUGCAGUUUUGUUAUUAAUCGUUUGGUUAGCCUAUAAGUGUGUUCUAGGAGUCAUCGAAAAAGAAACAAGACGCACCAGAAGAGUGAUAAAAGCCUUGACAAGAACCAAUGAGAUACGCCUCAAUGAAAGACGCCGACCUCCUCCGAAGUAUGAAGAUGUCGUUGGGCAGGAUAAUCCAGCAUUUGAAAGAACCAACGAUAACUAAGAGUUGAGCAUUCUUGCAGAAGAUUGAAGAAUGCUCAAAAGGGGGGGAAUUGUUGCCAUUUGGUUCAAUAAACUGUAUUAGUUAGCAUUAGUUUGACAUUAGUAGUAGUUAUGCUAAGGCUUGGUAGGCCACAUGUAACCUGCAGAUGAACUAUACGGCAGAUAUUGCAAUGUAAGCAGUGUAACUAGGAGAUAAUCUAGGAAUGUACUUUUGGCAAAAUUUAAAUGUCAGAGAGAUAAUCGUACCAGGUAGUGAAAGAGAAUUAAGAAAUUAUGAUGAUGAAGAAAUCGUGUAGAAAACAUAUAAAAACCCUGUGAUUUUUC